UGAUAAAUCAACACCUCCUCGUCUCCAUCAUGAAUCUUCUUCUUCAUCUGCUGAUGCUGUCGCUUCUCUCUGCUGGAUCAGCCAGAGUUGUGCAGGAUUUUGAGAAGAGCUGUGGUCAAUUUUUUGCAAAAGGAAAAUCUCCAAAAGGAUUUACUGGAGCGCAGUACAGGCAGAUCUGCCAAACUCUAGAUAAUGCUGUUCAUUUCGCCACACUUUAUGACACUUACAACAAGAUCCCUGUGUACUCGGCCUAUGUGUUUGAAGGGCUAAUGGGCUGCACAAGACUAAACAGCUGGUACAUUGAACCUCAGCUUGAUGAUAAUAAUGGAGGAGCAAACAUGGCAUUUUCGAGCACCGUGAAAGAAAAUUAUCGAGGAGUUCAUCAAGCUCUCGAUAAAGACUAUGAUAAAUCUGGCUACGACAGAGGUCAUCUGGCUCCAGUUUAUCAUGCAAACUCUCAGAGCUGUGCUGACGCCACCUUCACUCUCACCAAUGCUGCUCCACAAGAGCCCAAUUUUAACCGAGGUCCAUGGAAGGCACUAGAGGGACAAAUUGCCAAUGAUCUGUUCAAGACAUGCACAAAAAAAGGCUGUCGUUUUUAUGUUGUAACAGGGGUGGUACCAGGUAAUGGACAACCAGUGAAUAACAGAGUGAAUGUACCUAGUUAUUUCUGGACCGCUUUCUGCUGCUUAAACAAGAAUGUGUGUCAGUUCUCUGGGGGAGCCAUUGGAACCAAUGACAAUAAUGGCAAUAUUAAGCUAUUGAGUGUGGCUGGUUUACAGAAUAAGUUACAACAGUUUUAUGGAAAGGCUAUUACAUUGUUUCAGUAGGCUAACGAUAACAAAACCAGACACCGUUUGUUUCUAAUAAAUCCUCACUGAGUGAUUAAACAUGGCAAACCUAUGUGAAAUUGUGUCUUUUAAUGCAGAUUAGUACAAUUUGAUCAAAACUGUAAUCACUAUAAUUGAAUUAUAGAACAUUUAAGCUGUUUUAUUUAAAAGGGAUGCAAAUGUAUCUGUAAUGAAGUGUAUCAUGUACUUAAUCAAGAAUGAUGAUGAUUACCCUGUGAUAUUAUAAUGAAAACAAUACUGAU